AUGAACGGCACGCUAUCGAAGAGUGGCCAGAGUGUCUGGUCUGUGCUCGACAAGCUCCGCGCACAACUACCAGGCCAGAGUUCGUCGUCAAGUACUCCAGCCACAGCGCAGGGAGAUGCUAAAGCCGCAGAGGAACGAGUCUUGGACGACGAUGACUCCGGGGUCAUGAUCUAUGGUCCACUGCUACCGAACGACAGUUCGGAAGUGGAGUUGGCCCGAUCUACAGAUGUUGAUGAGGCAGAAGCGGGAAAGGCGGAGGAGUCAGCGCCCAGCGCCAGGCCUGACCCACUAGGGAGUCUGAAGGGUAAGCUGGAGGAGAUGUGGCCCUUCAAAGCGAAGGAGGAUGGUAAACGGACGGUGGACAAUGAUGCCGCUCCGUCGACCUCUAGAGUGCACUUCCAGCCAGUCCAGCCAGGCAAACCUAAGCGAGUUUGGAUACCAUCUCCUGACAAGAUCUCUAUUCAGGUGAUGUGGUGGGGCUACCGCAUGUAG